GUAAACAAAUCUGGGGGGCGUUUCUCCAUCAACAAAAGCACAUGUCGACAUGGUUUCGCUGUCGAGUCUCUUGCAGUCCCCAGUCCAAGCUCUUCUCCGUCCAGCCAUGUGGCUCCCCAUCAUUAAAAAUCUACACAGCUAUAAAGAGGUGUGGACAUGUAAAAAAGAAAACACUGUGAUUUUAAAAGCAAUCAUCGAUUCUCUAGAAAUGUUAAAGGCCCAUGACAAGAAAGGCACGGUUUACGAUAUCCAUAAGAUAAGUCAAGAUGUAACAUUUGUGAGAAUUUUUGUCUUCACAUGGGCAGAAUGGUUAGAUGUGAUGGAAUUUAAAGUUCUAAAUGACAAAGUUGAGGCAUAUUCCUUUUCCACUGGUCUUUUUCCACUUUUCAUUCCAUUUAUAAGCAUUGUUAACUGUAUAUUUUUCUGGGUUCCAUUCUUGGAUGUUGGAUUGAACAAAAACAGAAUUUCAUCACUGAGGACAAUAUUAGAUGCAGAUAUAAAAGACUUCAAAGUUAAUUAAAUAUUCUUCUAGAAUACCAACAUAAUCUCAACACUGCUGCACUAACGUAUUUAGACUUCAGUUUACUGCAUUUAGACUGUUUUUUAUUUUAACAUAUUAUCAACAUGCCAUGAAACUGUGAUAGAGAUGGAGAAUUUCUGACAGUCCUUAAACGAUAGUCAUGAAAUCUAAAUCUAAUUUAUUCAUAUGUACAAUCAUAUGAUCAUAAAUGAAUUACAUGUAUAUAAUAGUUAAUAAAAUUGACAAUAUUU